AUGCAAUCCCCUCUUUCAAAGAAUAAUAAGAUUAUUUUAGCAUCCAUAAAUAACAAACAAUCUGCUAAAAGAUCUGACUUGAUAAAUACUACUUCUAAAAGAACUUAAAGCAAUGAAAGGAGGCUAUAAACUUUAGAACCAGAUAUUACAACUUAUAAUACAAAUGGUAAUAAUUUUAAUAAUGCUGGAAACAAAUAACUAAUACAAUCUCCAACAAACAUUUUAGGAUAAUCAAGUAACUAAAAAAGAAAAUUAUUUAGCAAUCUUAAUAAUUGUACUCCCAAGUCACCUGCGAGUAUAUAUGCUACUAUAAAUACUCCUAACACAACAACUGCAGGCUCAAUAAGCAAUUCAGCUAGUUGCAGACACUCUAAAGUAACCAAACUUAAUAAUUUUUUUGAAUCACGCAAACAUAAUGGGGUAGAGUCUGCAAAAAAGAAUAGGAUAACAAAUGAAAAUAUGGCUGAAAAUUUUAAUCGCCAAAAACAUCUACAUGGAAAUGAAAUGGAAGAGGAAUCUCCUAGUUUUCAACAAUGUCUACCCCUUUAGAAUAGCAACCAAGCUAAUAUAUUAUCUACAAACAACUAGUAAUUAGAUCUUUUAAAUAGAAAUGAAAAUUUAGAUGCAGAAUUUAAUAAAACAAUUAAAGAAUUUAGAAAUCAAAUCAAAUAAAAUUAAAUCAAUUCUUUAUAGGCAUAACAACAACAAAAAAUUAUCUUAUCUUCUGUGCCUGAUAAAACAAUAUAUCUAGCUACACCUUCUAGUCAAAAUUAAGAGAAUUAUGAAAUAACAAAUAACUUAACACCUAUUGAGAAGCAGUAAAAUAAUUAGUAAUAAAAAACAGGAUUAAGUUCUUUUGUCACAAGAAUCAACAAAGGAGAAAUACUUGGAGCAGUAAGAUAAACUCAUAGCGCUAUUGGAAACAGCCACUAAAACAUGGGAAAUUCAUAAUUAAAUUCCCCAAAUAACAGUAAUGCUACUUAAAACUUUGCAAAUGUCUUUUUUUAGAAUUAGAAUCAGCAGCCACAAUAAUAUCUUUCAUCCUUAGUCUAAAUUAACAACUAAAAUUAAAAUAAUGUGGUAAUUCCAAAAAUGAAUAAAUUUGUUAACACAAAUGAAAAAAAAACAAGCAAAGAAAUGAUGCUAGUGCUAAAUAACAAAUUUAAGAAAGCUGAUUCCUUUAAAAUAUCUAAAACAAAACAGGAACAAAAUGUUAUCCAAGAAAACAAUUUAAAGGGAGAAUCAGUGAGAAGCUCCUACUCAAAGCCGUUAUCUAAAAAAAGUGGCAGGCAAACAACUUCAUCUGUUAGAACAUCUUCCAGCAUGAAGCAAAAAUCAAAAAAGACAACACCUCUAUAAAUUAGUGUUGAUCACUCGUUAAAUUAGUAAGUAAACAAUAAUUAAAUUUAGACCACUCAAGUUCAAUCACCUUAGCACUAAAGGUAACUAACAAAUACUGCUUUAGAUACCAUGGCUAUUGAAAUUGAAGAAUAAGGGUAAAUACCUUCUGAAUAUCCAUUAUCUACUUUACCACAACACCUUAAAAUAAAUUUAGAUGAUAUCUUUUUGCACAAAUAAAAAAAUUCUAUAAAACAGACUCACUAUUACAAUGUGCCAAUGAUUAAUGCUUUGAAAAAUAAGAUAAAUUCUGAUUAAUACUUUGAAUAAUUAUUUAAAGAACAUUUUAUUUAAUCCUUUCACUCUUUGAAUUUUUGCAAAACUCUUAAACCUGUGCCUCAUCACAUUCUACAAUAAAAAAAAGUAAACCUACCAAUCCAUUCUCAUAAUCAAGGAAAAAAAACAAUCGUCUUUGACUUAGAUGAAACUCUGAUUCAUUGUAACGAGAGCACUGAUAUCCCAGCUGAUGUCAUAAUUCCCAUUAAAUUCCCAAAUAACGAUAUUAUUGAUGCAGGCAUAAAUAUCCGUCCUUAUGCAAAGGAAUGCCUAGAAGAGCUAAGCAAACAUUUUGAGAUUAUAGUUUUUACAGCAAGUCAUGGCUGCUAUGCGAUUAAAGUAUUGCAACACUUAGACCCUGAAGAAAAGUAUAUAUCCCACAAACUUUUUAGAGAAAGCUGUGUUCAAACUGAGGAAGGAAUUCAUAUUAAAGAUAUGAGAAUAUUCUAAAACAGAAAUAUAAAAGAUAUAGUUUUGAUCGACAAUGCAGCCUAUAGUUUUGGAUUUUAAAUUGAAAAUGGCAUACCAAUAAUACCCUAUUACGACAAUAAAAACGACUAAGAACUUAAGCAUCUCACUCAAUAUCUUUUAAAUAAUAUAUUAGACUGUUAAGAUGUUAGAGAAAUUAAUAAGCAAUACUUCAAAAUGCACUUCCACUAAACUGCCGACAAAAUUGAACAUGCUGUUAAAAAAAUUUACAAUAUUUGA